AUGUCAUCGCGCCUCGUCCGCCUCUCCGCACCUCUCGCCCACCUCCGGGCGACCGCGGUGCCUGCCCGGGUCUUCGUCUCUCGUUACAGCACAAGCACAGAAGGAGACAUUAUCAAGACCCACCAGAUCCCGGCCCCAGGCUCAGGGCAUGUGCGCGUGCUGCAGCUGAACAGGCCCCAAGCUCGCAACGCGAUCUCGACCGAGUUACUCGACACGCUCGCGAAGCAUGUGGAAGCCAUCGCCGCCGAAAAAGGCAACGGGCCAACCCGGGCGUUGGUUAUAGCGAGUAACGUAGACGCAGCAUUCUGUGCGGGUGCAGACCUGAAGGAACGCGCCAACAUGAGCAUGGCCGAUACCGAAGACUUCCUCCUCAAACUCCGCUCCACAUUCAAAAGCCUUGCUUCCCUCGAAAUCCCCACCAUCUCCGCCGUCUCGUCCGUGGCUCUCGGCGGCGGCCUCGAGCUCGCGCUGUGCACGCACCUGCGCGUUUUCUCGUCCUCUAGCGUCGUUGGUCUUCCCGAAACACGUCUCGCUAUUAUCCCCGGCGCCGGCGGUACAUACCGACUGCCUCCGAUCAUUGGUGUGAACCGCGCCCGGGACUUGAUCAUCACCGGCCGCCGGGUGACCGGACCUGAGGCUUACUUCAUUGGGCUCUGUGACCGGCUCGUGGAGGUGCUUCCUGAAGAGGAGACACAGGAUGGCGUUGCGCGUGAACGCGUCCUGCUGGAGAGUAUCAAGCUCGCACUGGAUAUCUGUGAGGGUGGCCCUAUUGCUAUCAAGAUGGCGAUGCAGGCUGUCGAGGCCCAUGGUCUGGGUGAGCGGUCGGAGAAUGCGGCCUAUGAGGGAGUCAUUGAGACUGAUGAUCGGUAUGAAGCGCUGCGCGCCUUUGUUGAGAAGCGGAAGCCGGCGUUCCGUGGGAGGUAA